CUGUAUCAGGACCGCAGACAACUAUUCCUUCUUUUCGCUCUUUCCAAGAUGGUGAGAAUAUCCUUGCAGUUCAAGGCCAACUUGGAGAACAUCACCAACGUGAAGCCCGAUGGAGACGAUUUUCGAUGGUAUUUGAAGUUAAAAUGUCUCAACUGUGGUGAAGAAACAAAACAGUGGAUUUACCUUUGUUCCAUGGAAAGUGUGGCUAUCAAAGGGAGUCGUGGAUCAGCUAACUAUGUCUCAAAGUGCAAACUAUGUGGAAGAGAAAACUCACUCGAUAUUAUCAAGGACAGCAUUAAAGAAUAUAAUGCAGAUGACAGUAAUCACUUCAAAACCAUGGUUACUUUUGACUGUCGUGGUUUGGAACCCUUUGAUUUCUCACCAAGGACUGGGUUCGUAGGUGAGGGUAUAGAAACAUCGACAAAGUUCACAGACAUCGACCUGAGCGAAGCGGACUGGUCUGACUACGACGAAAGAGCACAGCAGUCUAUCGGAAUCUACGAAGUCGCUUCACAGUUCAUCAAAGCUGCUUAGACAUGACGUCAUCACAAAAAGGGCCACCGAUGAUGUCAUCACAUGAAGUUACCAAGGUUACGGCACUGACGAUAUGUGGACGACAUUUAACACAAGGAAUAUAUGAUGUUUUAUAUAGUGUUAGGAAUAAAGAAUGUUAUAAAAGUAUGUAAGAAAAUUAAGAAACCAUAUAUAUAAUAUGCCUUUGGUAUUUUAGAUAUUAGAUUUCCAAUUGAAAAAUAUCCAUUUUUACCGACAAAUUUAGUCAAUAAAUGGUUCAUAUUCUAUUA